AUGGCGCGCCGGCGCGGCGUCGAGUUGCACCUUCCCUCCUCCGCGGACACUGCCGCGCGGCUCGGGCGGAGCUGCAGAGCCGCAGGUGGAGCUGCAGCGGCGCGGACGAAGGGGCAGCAGCGCGGGGCGGCCGGCUCCACGGCCACGGGCGCGGGCGAGCGGGGCGGGGCGUCGAGCGCGCGGCUCGCAGCGGCCGUGCUCGCGUUGGGGCGAGGCGCUGCCCAAGGCGCGGGGUGGCCUGGUCCUGCAGCAGCGCGGGCGGAGCUCGCCAGCGACGGCCGCCUCCGUGCAGGCGAGGCGCGGCGCGGCGCGGACCACCUCCGUGCAGGCGAGACGCGGGCCAUCUCCGUGCAGGCGAGGCGCGGCUCGGGCCACCUCCGUGCAGGCGAGGCGCGGGCCACUCCGUCCGCCGCAUCCUCCUUACCGCACCUCUCCUCCGUCGGCAGCAGCUGCAGCUGGGCGGCCUCCUCGAUGCGGUCUGGCCCCUGCAGCGGCGGCCCGAGGCCCGGUGUGGCCUGCCCCUGCAGCGGACGAAGCUUCCUCGCGCGGCACGGGCGGCGGGGCUCCUCAGCGCGGGCGGCGUGGAGGAGCGACGCGGCCGGCGCCCGCGCGGAGUGGCGUGGCGUGGCUCUUGGCGCCCGCGGCCGGCGUGGCGAGGCGCGGCCGGUGCUCGGCCGGUGCCCGAGGCGCGCGCGGGAGAAGCUCCGGCUCGACGGAGACCGAGAUGGCGCAGUCGCCCGGCACGUACGCGUCCCAUUGGAGGACCUCCUCCCACAGCGUGCCGCCGGGCACGUCCGCGAAGGCCGCGUCUCCGCCGCCGGUCGGCGGGGCGGGGCGGCCCUGGGCGCGCGACGAGGUAGCCGACCUGCUCCGCCCCCGUCUUCGUCUUGCUCGGCGGCCUCGAGGUCGGCGGUGCUCGUUUCUGCUCCGGUGACUUCCAGCAUGACUGAAAAAAAGGAAGCGGUGGCGGGAGGUCUCCAGGCUAGGGUGGCGCCGGAGCUCGGUUAA